UCCACGUGGGAGCUCCCGAUGCCAAGUGGAGAUAGAAAGCGAAACGGACUGCUCUCUGAACGACGCUGUUGACAUAUGAUAGCCGGAAUCUGGCGAACGGUCUGGAGCGGAGCAUGCAAGCGAGCUGGCAACCAUGCUGGCCAGGUGAAUAUUUGCAAAGCGCGCGCUUCAACACGCUUCCUGCUUUUUCUACGAGCACGCUGCGGAACCGUUAUACGGGGCUGUGGACCUUGGACCACCAAGAACACCGAAGAACCCCUCGGAACCCUUCUCCACUCGAAAAUGGAGCCUUUGAGCAAGACUGGGGCCUCUGCAGGAGGGGGAACGUUCACCGUGUCGGAAGAAAGAGAACCACCCGCCAAUCGUCGUGUAAAGAGAAGCACUGUCAUCAUCGCCUGUAUGACCCUCGUCGUCUUAUUGGUUGCCGCCAUUGCCCUCCUUGUGGUUUACUACAAGCCACAAGGACAUCAGGGACAAGCUGGCGUCUCGGCGAGUGAGUUCCCGCGCUUCUGCGACUGGCCGCGGGAUGACGCUCCAGGCGCCGACAAGUGUUACCAGAAACUGGAUUCGUUUGGCUACAAAGUCGUGUCCGGCAAAGUAGAAGACGAUAAGCAGGAUUCCGAAAUCCAACUCAAAUUCAGCACGGAGCUGGAUACGCCCCCUGUCAGUGACGUCAUUAGGAACGUCACCCUGAGUGUGACGAAGCUCAAUAAUAACACACUCCGCAUCAAGAUGUACGACAGCGACAACCAGCGCUACGAAGUCCCUGUACAAGACAAUUUUACGCUCCUCGACGAACAACACAGCGCAGAUAAUCCCGCUUACACGGUCGAACAAGGUGUCACACCCAAGGGAUAUUUCUCCUUCACGGUCAAGCGAAAAGACAGCGAAACUAUAAUAUUAGACACGUCCGUGGGGAACAUGGUGCUGGCCGACCAGCUGCUACAAUUCGUCACGAAGCUGGCGACGAAGAAUGUGUACGGCUUCGGCGAGAACCCGCACGUCAGUUACAGGCACAAGUUUGAUUCCACAACGUGGCCCAUGUUCGCGAGGGACGAAGGGCCCGACGAGCCCCCCAAGAACGUGUACGGAGUCCAUCCAUUCUGGAUGUGCUUGGAGAAGGACGGCAAAGCUCACGGUGUAUUGCUGCUCAACAGCAACGCGAUGGAGUACACCUUCCAUCCUGACCAGAUUCUACAGCUCGUUUCCAUCGGUGGAAUUUUGGACUUCUUUGUGUUCGUCGGCGACGGACCGAACCACGUCGUCGAGCUUUACACAGACCUGAUCGGGAAACCGUUUUUACCGCCUUACUGGGCACUGGGCUUCCAGCUUUCACGAUACGGAUACAACAGCGUGGCGAACUUGACCCAAGUGCUCGACCGCAACCACGCAGCGAAUAUACCUCAGGAUGUGCAGCACAUCGAUAUCGACUACAUGCACGAGAGAAUCGAUUUCACCAUAGACCCUGUCGAUUUUGCUGGUCUGCAAGAGACGCUGUCGCGGUACACGGAGCGUGGACUGAAAAUCGUCACAAUUUUCGAUCCAGCUAUCAUCGCUAAUCGCAGUGGGUACGACACUUACAAGCGAGGCUUUCAUCAGGAUGUUUAUAUUAAAUGGCCUAGCGACGUCACUAAUGAGAACAGGAGCAAUCCGUGGAACGAUGAGGUUACAAUGGACGUUAUGUACGGACAGGUGUGGCCGCCGGGACCAGUGGCGUUCCCGGACUUCUUCAAGGAUUCAACCGGCGUCUGGUGGGAACAGGAAAUUGCGUCGUUUCUUAAAAGUCUCACCUUCCACGCCAUUUGGAUAGACAUGAACGAGCCAGCCGACUUCAGCACCAACAUGUUCAUUCCGACCUUGUGCAACAAGAAGCGCGCUGAAGAUAACGAAUGUUGGAGACUGCGCUGUCCAAAGAACAGAUACGACGAUCCACCUUAUGCAACAGCGGCAGCCACCCAGUACGGCGAGAAGAACCGGUUGAGAGACAAAACGAUCUGUAUGGUCGGAGUGCAGGGAGACCGGAACCAGUACAGGCACUACGACGUACACAACCUUUACGGAUGGAGCCAAGCUGUAGCCACACACAAGGUCAUUAACAACGUGUUCCCGGAGCGCUCUUUCGUCCUGUCAAGAUCAACGUACGUAUCUAGCGGCCGCUAUGCUGGUCACUGGCUCGGAGACAACCUGAGUCGGUGGACCGACAUGCAUCGCUCCAUUAUCGGCAUGCUGGAAUUUAACAUGUUUGGUAUUCCGUACGUGGGAGCUGAUAUCUGUGGCUUCUUCGGCGAGCCAACGCCUGAGCUCUGCACGCGGUGGAUGCAGCUAGGAGCGUUUUACCCUUUUUCGCGAAAUCACAAUUUCAUCGGCGAUCCUAGUCAAGACCCGGCCAGUUUCGAGGCAGACAUUCAAAACAUCAUGAGAGAUGCUCUCAAAGUUCGCUAUUCCCUGCUCCCGUACCUGUACACGUUAUUUUACCACGCACACACCAGGGGCACUCCUGUCGUCCGAGCUCUGCUCAACGAGUUCCCGAAAGACGAAAAAACGUACGACAUUGAUAGGCAGUUCAUGUGGGGAGGUUCCUUGUUAAUUUCACCUAUAUUGGAAGAGGGACAAAAGGAGAUAACAUAUUACCUUCCUGAAGGCCGCUGGUAUGACUUCUAUUCGGGUGAAAUGCAACAGUCCAACGGAGCCGAAUUCACGAAGAAUAAUUUAACUCUGGAAAGUCGGACGCCUCUGCACGUGCGCGCCGGUACAGUGUUACCAACGCAAAAAGCGGCCAUCAACACCAAGGAAAUGGGAAGCUCCAAUUUUUCCUUGCUCGUUUACGUCGAUGAAAGCGGCGAAGCGACUGGCGACCUCUACUGGGACGAUGGCGUUACUAAAGACCCUGUUGUGAAUGACGAGUACCUGUAUUACACUUUUAAAGUUCAAUCGAACACGUUGACCGUAUCGACCGAACACGGUUCAGCCAAAACACCUCCGCCGAGCGUCAACAAAAUCGUCCUGAUGCAAGCUUCGGAGCCGAAGUCGGUCACCAUCCCUGGCGUGCCGAAAGACAAAAUUGCAAUCCGGCUUCAAAGCCCUCACGUGGUUAACAUUGAAAUUGAUGAAGGCUUAUUGCUCGGCACAGACAGUAGCUCUGGUAAACUUGAAAUUUCGUGGGCUGAACAACACUGAAUAAUGAUAAUUAUAAUAAAGAUAUAUUUUGAGUAAGA